AUGGUUGAAAAUCGUGGCCCGGAGCUUCAGGUUGUGGUGUCAACCUUCGUCGCAGUAGCCUUCAUCGCAGUUGUCCUCCGCGUCUAUGUUAGACUGUUUCUCGUAAAAGCUUUCGGAUGGGAUGACUCGUGGAUGGUGGCCGCGCUACUCGCACAAAUAAUGUUUGCAGCAGCUGCUUUAGGCGGCGUACAUUAUGGAACUGGCCGCCAUAUGGCCGACCUCACUGCUGAGAAUGCCAUGAAAGCAAUGCGGUAUUGGUGGAUCUGUUACAUAGGCUACUGUCUAUCUAUGAUCGCCGCCAAAAUAUCCAUUGGCCUGUUCCUCCUUCGCGUCACGGUCAGCAAGAUACAUCGCUGGAUCAUCUUCAUCGCCAUGGGGUUAUCCGUCCUCACCGGUCUCACCUUCUUCUUCGUAACACUCUUUCAAUGCUCGCCAAUAUCAUUCUUCUGGAAUCAAAACCAACCCGGGAGUUGCGUGCCCACCGAUGUCAUCAUUGCCCUCACCUUCCUGUACAGCGCCGUGGCAAUCAUCACCGACUUUACAUUCGCUAUCCUGCCAUUUUUCCUAAUAAUGGGCUUGAACAUGUCGAUGAACAUGAAGGUCAUGCUUAUUCCCAUUUUAGGCAUGGCUUGCAUUGCAAGUGUAGCUGUAGUCGUCCGACUCGCGUAUGUCAUGGACUUCAAGAAUCCCGACUUCCUCUGGGCCACCCUCGACAUCGCAAUCUGGAGCGACAUCGAACAAGGACUCGCCAUAACGGCCGGUAGUCUCGCAACACUCCGUCCGCUCUACCGAAUAGUCUCAUCAACCCUUGGCUUCGCAACGACUCAACCAGGCCAGCAAUCAAAAUCGAACAUGAACUUGAAAUCGCCGCAAUGGGAUAGCGGAAUGCCGGAUGCAAGUCGAAGAAAGAAGGGCCCGUUCAGCUUUUCGUCUACGUUGAUGCGGACAGAAAGGGGGCAAACAAUGCAAGAUAAAGAUGAGGAAUACACCAUGGGUUCUCUCGCUCCCAUACGUUUGAGGGAUGACCUUAUCGACGAGGAGACGAAUGAGAAGGGGUUUAAUGCUUGGGAGAUACGAGCAGGGAAAAGCGCAGACGAAGAUGCGUUGAUUAAAGGGAAAAUCACUAUGCAAAAGCAAGUGUAUCAGCAGUCAGAUCAACUGUAA